AGGACCCGCGGAGGAGGAGCGGACUAGACUAAACCCUGGUCCUCCGUCAGUGCUUGUUCCAGUUCGGAUCAAUGAGGAUCUGGAUCCGGAUCCGGAUCUGGUUCAGACUCGGACUGUGGUUCUCCUGGUUCUGCUGAUGUUUUAGUCCCUGUUUCUGAUGUUUCUCCUCCACAUCUGACUGACAGACUCACCUGAGUCCGGGUCCGGACGCACAUGGAGCUCUCCGGGUUCCGCAUCGACUCCCUUCUGUCCCUGAGGCCGCCCCAGGAGCUCCUCCUCCGGGCAGAGCCUCCGGAGCUCAGCCCGGGCAGCUGCAGCGGCGGCUCGGCGCCUGCCUCCCCGCGGACGGAGCCUCUUCCCCGGCGGGAGUCCGGUCCGCUGCCCGGGCACCUGCUCCAGCCCCGGACCGCCGCCUCCUCCUUCCUCAUCCGGGACAUCCUAGCGGACUGUCGGCCCUUCUCUGACCCGGGACAACCGGAGCUGGAAGCCGGGCCGAACCGGGUCGGACCGGAGGAAGAAAGUCUGAGCAGGUUGAGUUCAGACCCGGAGAACAGAGUGAGGGGUGGGGCCUCGGACCCCGCAUCCAGUCGUCUGAAGAAGCCUCGUAAAGCGCGGACGGCGUUCAGCGACGUUCAGCUGUCGAAGCUGGAGAGAAACUUCCAGAAGCACAAGUACCUGAGUGUCCAGGACCGCAUGGAGCUGGCAGCAGAACUGGACCUGAGCGACACCCAGGUCAAGACCUGGUACCAGAACCGCAGGACUAAGUGGAAGCGUCAGUCUGCUGUUGGUUUGGAACUUCUGGCUGAAGCUGGGAGGAUGAUCCUGCCCACACACUUCCUGUAUCCACCUGCCCCGCCCACUGUGGAGCCCUUCCUGUACAGAAACCACACCCCCCACCACACCUACCAUCAGGUGGCCCCACCCCUUCAGCCUUGCAUCCUGACCCACAUUCAACCUCAUCAACUCUGAGACUGGACCCACAUCUAAAGAUCAAACUGUUUAAGUACAGCUGAACCUGGAUCCAGGAUCAAGAACCCAGACCGGGAUCGGGAACCUGGACCGGGAUCACGAACCUGGACUGGGAUUGAGUACCCGGACUGGGAACCCGGACUGGGAUCAAGAACCCAGACCAGGAUCAGGGAUCUGGUCUGGGAUCUGGGACCUGGUCUGGGAUCAGGGUCUGGGAUCGGGGACCUGGUCUGGGAUCAGGUGAACUGGUACCUACAGGUG